ACUACACUAAGAGAAAGAUUAAGCUAAUAAUACUCGAGCAAAUAUAAAAUCAUAGUUUUCUUUUAAAAGCUAAUGAAUACAUAAAUAAAGAAAAUCUAAGUUGCAAGAGUAAAGAGUGAGAAAAAAAGUUUCUUUUGUCAUUUUCACGUAAUGUUUUGAGGCCCUUUGCUCCCUAACAGAGUACAUAUUGCAGACUAUAGGAUAGAGUAGACGUUUUGGCUGUUUUCCUCAAUCAUUUUCUUCAGAUUUUCUUAAAAUUAAAAACACUUCUUCUUCAUUCAAAGCUCCUAACUUCAUCACAUCUUCCUUAUUCUCAACUCAAGCUUGGUCUUUUUCACCUCCAAUGGCUUCAAUCUCAGCUCAAGAAGCCUCCGAACCACUCAAGUACAAGACGUGGGAUUUGAGGGUUUCCAUUCACUGUGAAGGUUGCAAGAGAAAAGUGAAGAAAACUCUUCAGAAAAUUGAUGGUGUUUAUACCACGAUUAUAGAUUCUCAACAGCAAAGAGUUACAGUCACUGGAAACGUCGACGUUCAGCUCCUGAUUAAGAAGCUGAUAAAGACAGGAAAACGCGCCGAGAUAUGGAGAUCAGAGACAGAAAAUGUCAAAGAAAAAGAGAAGGUUUCCGGGAAAAUCGUGAUGAAGAAGAAGAAGAACGAGGGAAAAGAGAAUGACCCAGACAGCUUGAAGAACAAAGCUGUUAAUCCAAGUAACAAAACAGAAGUCAAUGCUACUGGAAACGCUGCAAAAAAUGAGAGUGAAAAAGAACAAAGUCAAGUGUCAACCAUUAAAGGAAAAUCGCCGGAGGAGUCUCCCUCCGGCGAGAAGUCCGGUGAGAAAAAAGAGCAUAAGGUCAGUGAAGAAGAAGGAGAAAUUGAUGGACUAAGUAAGAAGAAGAAAAGGAAAGGGCAAAGAGGUAAUUAUAACGACAACAUCGUCACUACCAAUGGUGCGGGUUCAACUAGUUAUGGUACACCUGCAUGUGGAGGAUCUCAAAGUACAAGUCAAGGUGGUGGUGCUGGCAUGGUCAAUCACAACCAUACUCUACGUUAUACGUAUCCGUAUGGGUAUGGCUCACCUGCGUAUUUCAACACAGUGCAUCCUAGCAAAACCCAAUCAGCACCGUACACGUGUGCAAAUACUCAUCAAGAGAUGUAUGGCUAUGGGGUCUACCAAGCAAGCUCUAUGGGCUCCUUUGAGAUUUUCAGUGAUGAAAAUGUCAAUGGGUGUUUUAUCAUGUGACUUUUUCUCUUUUAGUACUAGUAGUAGUAGUAUUAGUAUGCUUGCAUGGAAAAUGGUGGAUCAUAUUUGCAAAUUUUGUUCUUUCAACCAAAAAAAAAAGGCAAGAGUUUGGGGUUUUUUUUUGAAGGGUUUUGUAGUACUUAUUAGCCUUAGAUGAGUAUUUUGAGAAGUUAGAUGGUUUGAUAUGAUAUGUAGGGUUUUUCGAAAUGUAAAUAUUAAGUAAUAUUAAACAUGAAUUUUCAUUUC